AUGAAUGCCACACAGCAAAUUCACUUUUUUUCCAGCAGGAGAGUUGAGUCAGUGAUCAUCGCUUUGGUAUUUGCUCUUAUCUUUGUGCUCGGCACAGUGGGAAAUUGCCUGGUCCUUGCUGUCCUUCUUCGCAAUGGCCAGAUGAACACCAAGACAACUAACAUGUUCAUACUUAACCUGGCUUUCGCUGAUCUCUGCUUUAUCCUGUUUUGUGUUCCACUCCAAGCAACCAUCUACGCCAUGGACGAGUGGGUAUUUGGAGCGUUUAUUUGUAAAGUGGUGCACUUUAUUAUCUACCUGACCAUGUACGCCAGCGUCUUUACGCUUACUGCUGUCUCUCUGGACAGAUAUUUAGCCAUUUGCUACCCCCUUCAUGCCAGAGAACUGCGAACACCACAUAACACUCUUGCCUCCAUUGGAGUGGUGUGGACUCUCUCGCUGGUUUUCUCCAGUCCGUACUUUAGUUACUACCAGAAGAUGGAUCUAAAUUCCACCACUGUGUGCAUCCCUGUCUGGGACAUCCAGAACCGCAGAGCCAUGGACAUUUGUACCUUUGUAUUUGGCUACCUAAUUCCCGUCUUGGUCCUGGUUCUUACAUAUGCCAGGACAAUCCACUGCCUGUGGAUCAGUGUAGACCCCAUGCAGGAGGCAUGCGAGAGUCGCCGGGCCAAGCGCAGGGUAACCAAGAUGAUUGUGAUUGUUGCAGUUCUGUUUUGCCUUUGCUGGCUUCCACACCACCUCAUCAUAAUGUGCAUGUGGUUUGGCUAUUUUCCUCUUAACUACAUCACAUAUGUGCUACGCAUUCUUUCACAUCUAGUGGCUUACGCUAAUUCCUGCCUUAACCCCAUUGUCUACGCACUAGUCUCCAAGCACUUCCGAAAAGGUUUUCGAAAAGUGUUUGGAUGCGUGGCACAAAAACGGUUGGUCAAUCAAGUGAACAUGCCUCCACAAGCACAGACAGUGAGCCUGGUAGAGGUUGGAUCAAGCGAUGGAUCGAAUCAAAGUGAUGGAUCCGCUAGGGUUCAAAUUUUGAGUAAGAGUGAUAAGAAGACAACAAUAAGAAGCUUCAUGACCUUCAAUGUUACCUAA